AUGGGCUCGGGCCGCAAGAACCAGAGCAAUGCAGUUGCCGCAGCAUUGCUGCCCACGAACAGCAGGAAGCCAGUGCCACGACUUGCGGGUCGGAACAAGGCGGUCGCCGACGCAGUGCAUCCCGAGGCGGAUGGACAGAAGCUCUCUUUGGCCCGCGACAGUGGCACAGUUGCAGCAGCAGUGGAGGACGAGCAACAGAGGCUGUUUCUGGCGUCUCAUAACAGCACAGUGUCGGUAGUGGAUACGGUGCGACAGAGCCCAAAGCUGCAUGCGGAGCGGACCAGCACCGCAUUUUUGCAGGAAGAGCAGGCAGACAUGGACCCUACCGUUCUUGGUGCCGAUGCUACGAAAAUGACGGAGGCGCUUGCGUCGGACGCCAGGGAUCUGAAUCGGUACAAAGGUGGUACAUUAAGAAUGACCGGCGCGAUCGGAGGUUUUUCGGCGGUCCUUCCUGGUGGGAAUCGGAAUGGAACAGCUUCAGGUGCAGAUGCCGACUUGGGUGGAGGGGGGAGCUCGUAUCUUGAAACACACUCAUCUCACGGACAACAGCAUGCGCAACCUGUAAAAGCACAGCACACGUUAAGCCAUGAUGUCAAGCAGGAGAAGUUCGGUUAUCAGCUGACGGGCUUCGCCCGCCGCCCGGAAUUGAUGGAAAUAUCCCCCGGGGAAGAGAUCGUGUAUUUCGAUUUUGAUGUUGAGAAGCGUGGUCGUCCUUUCGGCCCGGCGGGCCAGUGGCGCGGGAGGCGCGUGACGUAUUUGGGAAGGGUCUCUCGCACUCGCUCUCCGGGUCCGGACACGUACGUUGUAGGCAACGAUGAAGGAAUCUUUGAAGCCCCCAAAGAACAGCUCUUUGCACCUGCCUAUGCGCAGCUUCGUUUCCACAGCAACAGAAUCCUUGACAGGGUCAUCAAUGAUCCUGGAGCUUUCAAGCGCUUCGUGCACGCGGAAGCCGAUCGAAAUAGUGACGCCGGGAAAUGGGCCAAAGACCAGCUGUUAAAGCAAUUUAAUAACAUGUUCUUCAUCGGCGAAGUCGAGGCGAGAGGUUUGACGUCAGAUGGUGAUCUGCCAUUGUCAGAGACGCUUGAUGUCCGGCGAGAAAUACUUCGUGUAAUGCCAACUCCAACAAAGGAGCUACGCAAGCAACGGCAACCUGUUCGCAAAGUAUUUGUUACGUAUAACCAGAAGGCUGACGCAGCAGGAAACUUUGGUAAAGUUUACAAGAGCUUCAAAACCUACUGGAAGGAACCAACCGAACCGGCCACGGCUAGGAACGCAAAUGCCGGUGGAAGACCACCACGGGCCGGUCUCAUUCAGGGGCCGUCGGGAGAGUUACUUUCGGUGGACAACAAAGGACAUCCAGACGAUAAGUUCGCUCAGGUCAUGAAGAUCGUCGUUCCGAGCGCGGCUCCGAGCUCAUCAACACAGAGUAUGUGGGCAGUAGCAGAAGAGAUUGUUGCGAACUUUUUGCUGACUUUUGGCUCGGGCUUCGCAGCUCAGACAAAAGAAUGUGUUGCGCAACUCAGGCGUGUCGUUGUUAUUGAAGACUACCCGGGUGGCACACAAUCCGAAUCCGUUCCUCAGCCCGGGUCCCGUGUUGUUACAUUCCUCGAAUCGGUAAGAACGGGCAAAGACAUUCCUGAAUUAAAAAGAAUCGAGCCCCCUUCUGAUCCACAUCAACGACAGCCACUUUGGAUCCUGCAGACGGGGUCCUGGAUUCCAGGGCACUACGUGCACCGCUUUCACGAGUGCCUUAAGAUUAUGGAGCGAGCACAGGUUGUGAUGAAUGACUUGAAGCCCGACAACACAGGUAGGGAGUGGUUCAAUCCUAACAAUGUGCGGUUCCUUGACUUUGGGUUGGCCACCUUUCUGGCGGACGACGGAAAACCGCUCUUGGGAGAGCGGCCCGGUGGUGGAGAUAAAAAGCAUAUAUUUAUAUUCCGGCAAUGGCAUUAUCGGCACGCCACUUUUCAUGUCCCCUAUCCUUCGCCAGGCCGUCCUUGCACCGGGAAAUAA